UAAAUCAUAAAUAAAACUGGGAGACAGGUCCGGAUAUUUGGAAGGUACCGCCCAGAUCUGGGUCAGGAUCCAUUCAGCAGUCUUAUCACAGUUGGAAAGAAGCUGUUCCCAAAUAUGGCCGUAUGAUUCUUCAAGCUCCUGAACCUUCUCCCAGAGGGAAGAGGGACAAAAAGUGUGUUGGCUGGGUGGGUCGUAUCCUUGGUUAUCCUGGCAGCACUGCUCCGACAACGUGCAGUGUAAAGUGAGUCCAAGGAUGGAAGAUUGGUUUGUGUGAUGUGCUGGGCUGUGUUCAUGAUCUUCUGCAGCUUCUUCCAGUCUUGGACAAGACGACUUCCAUACCAGGUUGUGAUGCACCCUAGAAGAAUACUUUCUAUGGUGCACUUAUAAAAAUUAGUGAGGGUUUUAGGGGACAAAAAUUUGCAUAUUUGAAAUCAAAAUUUGUGCUGCUAGAAAAAUGUCUCUUACAGCAUCUUCCCGUUCCCUUACUGAGAUGACUCCUGCCAAAGAAACUGCCUCCCACUUUGGAAUAUGCAAAUUUUAAAUUUGAAUGUCUUGCAUGUCUGUUAAGAGGCUUUCUUCCAGUUCAAGCCGACCAGGCAGGUGUCUACCUUUCAUCCACACCUACGUAGGUGACCAGAUCCCAUGGUAGCAUAGCACCAUCAGAUUUUAUUGCUAGGUAUAGCACAUGUCUGUUCUGGUGCAUCUCCUGCCUCAAGGCAGACUUGGCUUGAUUGGCAGUAACUUGAAUAGCAUCAUGUAAUCCACAUUCAACAGUGAGGUGGUCACCAAUUUUUGAUCUCCUUUCCCCCUUCUACUUAUAGGUGAAAGUGAUAAUGUUCUUCGUCAUUAAUGCUGACUUGCUGCUAGAUAGAAACACAAGUACACUAAAUUGUAGCAAGUAUGGGCCCAUUCUAUCUGAAGAUCUGUUGUUUCCAGGAAUUUUAUUCUUAUCAAUGUAACAGAUAAAACUUGUAAGUGCUCUAGGAUUGAAGGCUGAUCCAGACUCUGCUGCUUGUUUUCACUUCAAACCUCCCAGAUAGAGCUCAGGACAUUCCAGGAGGUUAUGCUGUCUGCGCCUUCCCAUUGCACAGACCAUUAUAGAAGGAUUUGCAGAACUUCAAUAUGUCCAACUCUGUGCACAAAUUAGGACAUUCAACUUAAGCCAUCCUCUUCCUUAAGAUGCAGACCACACUGGGAGCUCUGAAUCUUUUAGAAGGAAUGCUCACUCAUCAGUAGAUAAUCUUGGUGGACUCUGAUGCAAAGAGACAGGAGCCUUAGGUCCCACACCAUCAGUUUCAGGUACAGUUAUUACCCUUCAACUAUCAGGGCCCUGAACCAGCGAGGAUACUUUCACUCUAAAUAGAUUCCACAACCUAUGGACUCACGAUCAAGGACUCUACAAGUUAACCACAAUAUCCCAAAGUUGUUGUUAUUGAUUCAGUAUUUUCCAAAAGGUGCACAGUAGCUGCAUUACUAGAGUCCAUGCAGCCAAACAGGACCUGCGGCCUAACUCAUCCAUGCAUACCUAUAUUAAAACGAUUUUCCAGCAAUUAGUCUAUAUCCCUGUUUUUCUCUCCUAUCCAUGUACUUGUUCGAACAUUCUUGAAACACUGCUUUUCUGACGGCUUAUUUUAUUACCCUUUGCAAAAAAAAUUGCCCCUCAGGUUCCCUUAAACUAUUCACCUCUCAGCCUAAUCUCACAGCCACUAGUUUUAGACUCCACUACCCAUGGAAAAAUUCCUAGUCGCCAAUUCAAAACAAAAUAUUUUCCAUUUUUAAAUCCAUUAUAUUUUAAAUGUAGUAUAUUUUAGUUUCUAUCAUAAUCUUAAAUUUCAACCCUAUUUUUCACCAUGAAAUUUGCUACAGAUAUUGGAUAAAAAUAGUGCUUUGCUUUUUUUCUGUCUGAGAUCAUUCUUCCACGUGAUUAACCAGUUUAACAACAUCAAAACUGCUUUUCCCCAAGACUAUCCAAAAAUAGAAUACCCAGUAAUUGCAAAUGAAAUGCAUUUUUUGAAUAAUUCAAAUGACAUUGUUGCUCUGAAGAUGCCAUUGGCUGACCUCGUUACCAUGCAAACGGCAGCAUAAGAGUGAAAAAUAGGGAAACUUACAUUUAAUAAUAAAACAGACAAAAGGUUCAUUGUACACCUGAGGACUGGAAUAGAGACUGAAAUUAACGUGUGAAUUACAAUAUGUCAGUGACAUACAUACAUCAAAAGGCCACCAUCUAUUAAGUGUGCAACAAUAUCACUUUUUUUGUCACAACUUAUGAAUUUGCCUCCAGAUUGAAAAUUAACACAAUACAGUACAUUUUUUGAUUUUAUUUUGCAGUUUUUAUUUUAUUUUUCAGAUUUUCUUUUUUACCUUGGUUAAAAACAAUGUUAGUUACUCAGGCACUUGAUAAGGGUCCUCAUGCAAGGUGCAUUCAGAAAGCAUGGGAUCCAACAAGACCUUGCUUUGUGGAUCCAGAACUGGCUUGCCUGCAGAAGGCAAAGGGUGGUUGUAGAUGGUUUGUAUUCUGCAUGGAAGUUGGUGGCCAGCGGUGUUCCACAACGAUCUUUUCUGGGACCUCUCCCCUUUGUGAUUUUUAUAAAUGACCUGGAUGAGGAAGCAGAAAGGCGGGUAGGUAAUUUUGCUGAUGGCACAAAAGUUGGGGUGUUGUGGAUAGUCUGGAGGGUUGUCCAGGACAUUUAUAGGAUGCAGAACUGGGCUGAGAAGUGGUAGAUGGACUUCAAUCCAUAUAAGUGUGAAGUGGUUCAUUUUGAAGACAAAGUAUAAUAUUAAUGGUAAGGCUCUUGGCAGUGUGGAGGAUGUGAGAGAUCUUGGAGUCCAUGUCCAAAGGACACUCAAAGCUGUUUCACAGGUUGACAAUGUUGUUAAGAAAGUGUAUGGUGUGUCGACAUUCAUCAACCGUGGGAUUGAGUUCAAAAGCCAUGAGGUAAUGUUACAGCUUUAUAAGACCACAGAACCCACUUUAAGUACUGUGUUCAGUUCUAGUCACCUCACUACAGGAAGGAUGUGGACACUAUAGACAGAGUGCAGAGGAGAUUUACAAGGAUGUCGCCUGGAUCGGGGCGUACCUUAUGAGAAUAGGUUGAGCAAACUUGGCCUUUUCUCCUUGGAAUGACGGAGGAUGAGAGGUGACCUGAUAGAGGUGUAUAAUAUGAUGAGGGGCAUUCAUCAUAUGGAUAGUAAGAGGCUUUUUCCCAGGGCUGAAAUGAUUAACACGAGAGGGCACAGGUUUAAGGUGCUUGGAAAUAGGUACCGAGGGGAUGACAGGGGUAAGUUUUUCACACGGAGAGUGGUGGGUGCGUGGAAUGGGCUGCUAGCAGCGUGGUGUAAGUGAAUGCAAUAAGGUCCCUUAAGAGGCUCUUAGAUAGGUAUAUUGAGCUUAGAAAAAUGGAGAGCUAUGCGCUAGGGAAAUUCUAGGCAGUUUCUAGAGUAGGUUAUAUGCUCGGCACAACAUUGUGGGCCGAAGGGCCUGUAAUGAACUGUAGAUUUCUAUGUUCUAAAGCUUUCUUGUCAUUGUUCAGGACAAUAAAAAUUUGCAGUCCCUUUUCAUUCAGUGCAAACAGCAUGCUGGCAAUUCAACUACUAAAAUCACAAUGACUACUUUUAAAACACGACUGAGUUAUUUAAGGUGACAUCUAAGGACGGUUGUUGCAAUCAUGGACCCCUGAAGCUGGAACGUUCCCUUGCACACAGGAGGUUGCUCUCAGAUAUAAUCAUAUGAAAUGACUCCUGAUCAUUUGUAAUCGAUAUUGUCCCCGUGGCUUGCCGGGUUUUGCUGCUUGCUCUCAUAUGUUGAGACCCGCUCCGCCUCCAUUUGACGUUUGCCAUUUGCGGAAACAGACCGCAGUAGAAAUGGCGAUGAAUUUCGAAGAGGACGCCUCACGUCCUAAUGAAACAGGAGGGGAUGACAAAGAAGCUUUAACCUGCCCCGUUUGCUUAGAAAUUUUUGAAAAUCCAAUGCGAAUCGAAUGUAACCAUAUAUUUUGCAGCAAUUGCCUAUCUGCACUCCAGAAGCCAAAAAAGCCAAUUUGUGCUGUAUGUCGCUUUCCUCUGAAAGGUGCAACCAGAGCUGUUGAAAUUGAGAGGAAAUUAGAAGUCACCCUUACAAGCUGCAGUGGCUGUGGAACUCAGGUUUACAUGAAUAAGUUGCGAUCCCAUAAUGCAUCAUGUCCAAAAUAUCAGGACUUUAUUUCGGAGGGAGUGAAAGCUUCCAUGAAAGAUCAGCAUCCCAGUCUUAGCAUGCCCAAUCGAUUUACUUUUACUUGUCCAUUCUGCAAUGCAAAAAACUUGGACCAAGACAGCUUGGUUGAACAUUGUAUUUCAAGCCAUACUGGAGAAUAUGCAAAACGGGUUUGCCCUAUUUGCUCUUCCAUGCCGUGGGGUGACCCAAACUUCAAAAGUGCAGACUUGAUACAACAUUUGAAAAUUCGUCAUAGAUUUUCAUAUGAUACUUUUGUGGAUUAUAAUGUGGAUGAAGAUGAAAUGCUCCAGGAAGCCAUUGAACUAUCACUUCAAGAUAGAAGUAUGAGAUAUUAGGGAACUAAUUUUUCUCACAAAGUAACAGUUGAAGUUCAUCGAAUGAGUACUGCCCUAUAGGUUUUAUAUGUAAUUAAAUCUUUCCUGUGCACUUUUGAUGAUCCAUCAGUUACACGUAAAAAUAUGUUGGGGUGGGAAUUAUAUUAGCAGAUCUAACAUACUAAGGUACCCACUAUAUCAAAUAAAUAUUUAUCUGAAGAUUAUUACAGCACUUAAAUCUUGAUGUUUGGUAAUGGAUAUAAUUACUUUUGAUUAAAUCCCCAUUAUAAUGCCUUGUAAUUUGUAUUAAUGCCCAGCUUGAAAUAGCUUUUGAAAAGAUCAAUAAAAUAUUAGUUGGAUUUCAGGUAUGAA